GGGGGGGGGGGCUGACAAAGGGGCUCCGCACAGGCAGCCGGCGAGCCAGGACCCGGCGGGCCCGGAGGGAAUUGCCAAAAUGCGUUGGAAUUCUUAAAUGACUCAAAACCAGAAGUCUGUUUGGGAUACAAAAUCAUAAGAGCAGAAGAAGCAGCAGGAAGGAUUCGGUGCCAAUGCAGCAACAAAAAAGACAGCCAGAGUUAGUGGAAGGAAAUCUUCCUGUUUUUGUGUUUCCUACGGAGCUUAUAUUUUAUGCAGAUGACCAGUCAACACACAAACAGGUGUUGACUCUAUAUAACCCCUAUGAGUUUGCCUUAAAAUUCAAAGUUCUUUGUACAACUCCAAAUAAAUAUGUUGUUGUCGACGCUGCAGGUGCAGUGAAGCCUCAGUGUUGUGUUGAUAUUGUGAUUCGUCACAGAGACGUUCGGGCUUGUCACUAUGGCGUGAUAGACAAAUUCCGUCUCCAAGUGUCUGAACAAAGCCAGAGGAAAGCAUUAGGGCGGAAAGAAGUCAUUGCUACACUACUUCCAUCUGCAAAAGAGCAACAGCAAAAGGAAGAAGAGGAAAAAAGAAUAAAAGAACACCUGGCUGAAAGGGUCUUUUUUGAGCAGACUUUGUGUCAACCAGAAAACAGAUCUGCCUCAUCGGGACCCAGUUUACUAACAGUCUUCCUGGGAAUAGUAUGCAUUGGAGCACUAAUGCUACCGACACUGGGGGAAGUGGAAUCCUUGGUGCCUCUCUACCUCCAUUUAAGUGUGAAUCAAAAGUUAGUAGCUGCUUAUGUUUUAGGUCUCAUCACCAUGGUUAUCUUGAGGACAUGAGUAACGACUUAAUUAGAUGUAAAAAAAAAGAACCCCAACCUUAUCUUACUAUAUAUUUACAUCAUGAAUGUGGACUGCCUUUUACUCUCAUGUGACGUAUUAAGAUGCUAGCAAAGCUAUUCAGUGAUUUAAAAUACUUUCAAAAGUGUAAUAUAUUUUAACUAUGUAUAACUAUAAAUAAACGACAAGACUCUUAGGUGCUUCUGUUACAGCUAUGGAAUGUUUAGUGAUAUCUGUGAAAUUAUUUUGAAGAAACUUUUAUAUCUACAUCUACUGUACAAAACAUAUUAAAGCAACAUUUGUUAUUUUAAAUCCAUGUUCACAUCAGUGUUUGAUCACUAUAAAAGCAAACUAUUCAUUCGGAAAGGUUCAUUUGUUUAUUCCAUUGCUGUAAGUACAGAGGUUACUACAUAACAUUUUAUGUAUAAAUACCAGCAUGAUCAGAGUUUACGUAAGGCUUGUCAUUUAAGAUGAAAUUUGAAAUUCCAUCACUAAAAACUAUGAAAUAAAUACAAUAAGUUUAGAUGGAGAAGUAAUUCAUUCUCAAUUCCUGACAUCAACAACAAGUAUAUGGGGUAUAAGUUCUUCUUAACUGUGGAAUCAGUUAUAGACAUUUUUGCAUCAUAACUGUAAAUCAUAAAACAUUUUUGUAAUUAAUUUUUUUAUAAAUACAUGUAACAUACAAAUGUAGCAGGAUAUUUAAGUAUAGAUACAUAACAUCCAGCAAGAGA